GACGUCAAAAAUUCGUGGAGUAGGCGCGGAGGCUAGGAGGAAGAGGAGCGGUUUUUCUUAGGGAUAAAUAACGCGACACAGUCGUGGAUAACUACGAUUGCUACUAGUUAGCUGGUACAGUGUUCGUUGGUGCUAUUUAUUCUUAAGUAAAAACCGCCCCUUUUGACCCUAGAUCUCCGCGCCUACUCAGCGAAUUUUUGACGCGUUGUGUACAUUGCAUUUAAAGAGAGAGAUUAGUCAAGGAAGGUUAUGUUCAGCAAUCGAGCACUUUGCUCGACGAAUCGCGACAAGUUAUCUGUAUCAUGGGUCAUAACGACCAUAAUUUCAAAAUAUAUCUGUCAAAUUAUGUUGCAAUAUUGAAAAACAAUCUUUUCCGGAACAUUAGACAGACUUUUCACGCGAGAUAACUCUCGUCGUCGUCAACAAAUUUUUCACACAGACUUGUCACAAUCAUGUGGGUAUUUGGUUAUGGUUCUCUGAUAUGGAAAGCAGACUUCCCUUACGAAAAAAAACUUAUCGGCCAUAUCAAAGGAUAUAUUAGACGCUUUUAUCAGAAAAGUACUGAUCAUAGAGGAGUGCCUAGUAAGCCUGGCCGAGUGGUAACACUACUAGCCUCUACAAAUCCCAAUGACGAAGUAUGGGGUGUUGCAUAUAAGAUAUCUUCCGAGAAUAUAGAUAAUGUAGUUAAUCAUUUGGAUUUUCGAGAGAAGGGUGGCUAUAAAAAGAAAACUGUUCUCUUUUAUCCUUACAAUCUGUCUAAGUCUGUUCAAACAAACUCCAAUACAACACAUAUUUCAAAGACAAGUUUUUUGACAGCAUCGACCAUCUCGGACGAAGCACCUUUCUAUCUCACUAUCUAUAUAGGUGAAGAAGAUAAUCCAAAUUAUGCUGGUAUGGAGAAUAUAGAUACUAUUGCAAGACACAUACUAGUUUCUCGUGGUAUCAGUGGUUCUAAUACAGAAUAUCUCUAUAAACUGGCAUCCUCAAUGCGUGUAAUAGCUCCUGGUGUACAAGAUGAACAUCUAUUUGCUCUGGAAAGUGCUGUCAAACAAUUGGAGAAAGAAAGAGAAGAGUUAGAAGAGAAUACAAACUUGAAUCAGUAUUUGUGAAAUAUAAUGGGUAUAGUGAAAUAUGGCCUAUUGCACCAUCAAUCAAUAGCUGAUAGAUUAAAUCAAUUUCCUUUUGUUAGCUUCUCUUAUAGUUAAAAAAAAUUAUACAAAUUUGUAACAGCUGUUUUAUUGUAGACCAUGUGUGAAAGAUGAUUCACUUGAAGAUAGUGAAUCAAGAGUGAUUGUUGAUCGACCUGGUUUACAAUAAGAAAUAAAAGCACAAAACAAAAAAGAUAAAACGAGAAUAUCACAUUUUUC